CUAGAGACCAUACAAACUCGAAACUCUUAAAUCUCUUUCUCCGUUUCUCACUUUCAUUACCCAUUCACACGUCGUUGGAGUUUUAGCGAUGGAGUUCAUUGAGUUGCCUCGUGAACCAAACUCCCCAAACCUUUCAAAGAUUGCAGCCAAUGACGGCCACGGCGAGAACUCGUCUUACUUCGAUGGGUGGAAGGCUUAUGAUAGUGAUCCAUUCCAUCCUACCAACAACCCAAAUGGAGUCAUUCAAAUGGGACUGGCUGAAAAUCAGCUUUGCCUGGAUUUGAUUCAAGAGUGGAUUAAGAAGAACCCGAAGGCCUCCAUUUGCACUGAAGUGGGAGUUUCAGAAUUCAAAGUUAUUUCGAAUUUUGGGGAUUGCCACGGCCUGCCUGAAUUCAGAAGAGCCUUUGCCAUGUUCAUGGGGAAAGUGAGAGGAGGAAGAAUCAAUUUUGACCCUGAGAGGAUGGUGAUAAGCAGUGGAGCUACUGGGGCUGCCGAAAUAAUGGCCUUCUGUUUGGCUGACCCCGGCGAAGCAUUCCUUGCUCCAACGCCAUAUUAUCCAGCAUUCGAUCAGGACCUCAGGUGGAGAACAGGUACCCAGCUCCUUCCAAUUCACUGCAAGAGCUCCAAUCAUUUCAAAAUCACCCAGACCGCACUCGAAUCUGCCUAUGAAAAAGCCCAACAGGCAAAUAUUAGAGUUAAAGGGGUCAUAGUAGCCAACCCAUCAAAUCCACUGGGGACAACAUUCGACAGAGAGACACUAAGAACCCUAGUCAGCUUCAUCAAUGCCAAGAGGAUCCACCUAAUCUGCGACGAGAUCUUCGCAGGGACUGUCUUCAAGAAUCCCCAAUUCGUUGGCGUCUCUGAGAUACUGGAGGAGGAUCCUAACUGUGACCGAAGCCUCAUCCACAUCACCUACAGCCUCUCCAAGGACCUCGGCCUCGCUGGACUCAGGGUGGGCGUGGUCUACUCCUACAAUGAUACGGUGGUUAGAUGCGCUCGGAGGAUGUCGAGCUUUGGACUAGUCUCCUCGCAAACGCAAUACCUGCUCGCCUCCAUGCUAUCAGAUGAUGAAUUCACAACCAAGUUGAUAGCAGACACCAAGAGGAGGCUAUCGAAGAGGCACGAGUUCUUCACUUGUCGGCUUGCGGAGGUGGGAAUCCAAUGUUUGGAGAGCAACGCCGGGCUGUUCUGCUGGAUGGACUUGAGACGGCUUCUCAAAGAAUUCACAGUUGAAGGAGAACUCGAGCUGUGGCGCGUGAUGGUUAAUGAUGUCAAGCUCAAUGUGUCGCCCGGUUCCUGGUUUCAUUGCAGCGAACCUGGGUGGUUCAGGGCGUGCUUUGCCAACAUGGAUGACGAGACCAUGGAAGUAGCCCUUGGAAGGAUCGAGUCGUUUGUGCGCCGGACGAAGGAGAUAGGUGCAGUGCAAGCUAAGAAGAAGAGGUGGCAGCAGGCUGGGCAACGCUGAAGCUUGCCUCGGAGGUUCGAGGACAUGGCCAGCCUGAUGUCACCGCACUCUCCUCUUGUUCCAGCUACCACUUCAGCUUGAGUGGUACAGCCGUUCUUCCUGUGCCAUUAAUUUGCACGGGAAAAUUGGUAGCAAAAAAGGAGAGGAAGAAGAACAAGAAGAAAAAUAAUUCUUUGCUACAUAAGUACUACCAUUUUCUGGUUAUUAGAACCGCAAUGUGGGUGCUGAAAUGUUUAACGUUACUCCAGUGUCUGUCCCUUUUUUUUUGUUGUUGGCGAAAGGUUUGUCACUCAAUUACGUAUCUUAAAAGGACGUUUUAGAAAAUAAGAGUGGGGAAAAGAAAUUCUUUAGCUCUCAGCUUUGGAACAUAGGUAUCAAUAUUCUUUGUUUCUUAUAAGAACGAAGUACGGUGGGGCGGUAAAUGGUUAAAGCUUACUCAAAUAUGUAUCACUGUUUCCGUCUUUUUUUCAAGGGCUCGUUGGCAAGCCUAUUGCUAUUUCUGAACUUCCAUUUAGUUCUUGAUGAUAGUCAAAAAAA